GAAAGGACAGUGUUACAAAACGUGAAGAUUUAAUUGAAAAAACAAUCUGAUUCCCGUUUCUUGGUUGCAAUACGUAGACUAAAUAUUGUAACUUUUGGCGGAGUCAUGUAUCGGCGACCAUUGCAGUCCGCUGUGAGGAACAUAAUACAUACGUCAAAAUCCAGAGUCACCUUCGGAAAGGUAAUUUAAGGCUUGCUCACAUGAAGGCUAUUGAUAGCUAGCUAAUAGCUUUAGCUAACUGUCAGGUCGCAACAUUUACUGUAUUGGCUGCCAAAUAAAUUAACUCCAGCGCCAACCAAAUUGCGCGCCCUGUCGGAUUGGAACAUGAAGAAUGGAUAGUUGCCUUAUUCUAUUGUCUUGAAUGUUCCAAAAACAUAAGCUAACGUUAGCUAACAUUACUUCCAACCCAGGUGAACUUGGACGUGACCAGACUGUCACUAACUUAUUUCAAUAUUCCUCCGAAAUUGUACUCCAAUAUCACCUUGCCUUUCUGUGUAAAACAUCGAGACAAAAAAAUGUGAUUAGUUACUUUCAUGUAGGCUGCUUCAGCUUUUUGCUGCAGUUUCGAAUUCGGAUUGUCUUCAGUCCACAGUAACUCUGUUACACACUUCACUAAACCAGAGGCCAAGUAAGGGUACUAAGAUCACAACUAUACCAAUAUGACAGCAAUACAAUAUUUUCUUGGUAUACAGGUAGCUUAGCUCUCGAGAAUCCAAUGUGUUGGAGUCAGAAGGGCAACCAGGUAGCUAAGAUAGUUCAGCAAAACUUUAAAGCUUUAUGAGAAAAUUGCCUACUAUGGACACAUGCACAGAUUUUUUUCUUUAUAAAAUGUAUAUAAUUGGACUUUACUAGUACUACUACUAAUUGUCUAAUUGCAUGGCAUAUCCACUCCCAAAUAUGUUGGUAAAUAGGUCUAACUGCAGCUGACAGUGCCUUUAUUGGAUUUACCUGAAUGCCACAUUUAUUCUGUCAUUCUUUUAGGCAUUAGAGCAAGAGGCCUGUCUUGCAAGAGCUUUAAUUGCUUGCCGGUUGUUAGGCGCAACCGCAACCUCUCUGUCCCAGACACAAUGCCGGACACUUCACAUCACUUCACAGGUAUGUGCUUCCCACCAUGACUCACAUCAAAGCUGGAACAACAGCAAAUGUGCAUUUACUGAUCAUGCUUUCAGUCUAGCCAAAGCCUAAGUUAGCCCAAUAUUGAACUAAAGGAGCCUAAUGUUACUCCUUACUCCAAGGACCUUACAUGUUCUGUUUAAAGGGCAAAACGGCCAAAUACUCCAACUAAACGACAAUCGAUUCUCAAUUGCGGUAUUGUUCUAGAGACAGAAAUCCCUCUACUUUCAUAUCGCAAUCAAAAUUAUUUCACAAAUGCAAAAUACACACUUACUGUACACUAUUUUAACCUGAUUUAACCAGGGGUUGGAACUGGUUCAUGGAACAGACCCAAAAACUGGAAAAUGAGAAUUGAUCCAUACUGUUCUGGAACAGAUACGUUAUUUUUUGAAGCAUCGGAUCCGGUUAAUGACGUUCUUUUACGGUCCAGCCAUUUUUUCUAGUCCCACAAAAAAACGCAAUAAAGCGCCUAUGCAAAGCCGUCACUCAACGUAUUCCAGUGUCUGGCUGCAAGCUGAAAAUCUUUGCCAGUGUGUGUAUGUGUUUAGGCUACCUGCCCCUCCCCCCGCCAAAGCAUAGGCUACUGUACUGACAUUACAAGCGUGAUUCAGAAGAUAGGAGAGAGAUUUUUUGAUUAGCUAGAGAAGAAUGGAUUAACUUUGCGUCACAAUGGUAGGGAUUAGCUAAACUGGGCUUGGGUCAUUGAUAAGUCAUUGUCUCAACUCAGCCUUAUAAUGAUGUGAUAGGAUCCAGGAUCCCAAAUGAUUUGGGUGGAUCCCAUCCUCCUUAUAAAGUGUGUUUUGUUUCCAAAAGGUAUCGAAAUUGUCAACAAAAGUUGAGCUGCGAUAAUCACAUAGCCAGUUGUGAAGAGAGAAUACUGCUAAAGCGUUCAAUGCCACAAAUUCAGAGGGCACAAGGCCAGAUAUGAUGGGUCUUUUGUUAGUGUCUAGAGUCAAGAGUCAAUCAGCUCUUUAAAAUCCAGUUUCAACUGUUCAGAGCAUCCCUUAAUAAUGUCAUUAAAACCCACAGGGACUACGAUAGAAUCGAUUUCCAUGUCCUGACGUAGUACAUUCGGGAGCAGCUUAGUAAUUUAAUUUACUCGAGCUCUGGGAUAGGACAUAAUUUUUUGCACCAGGAACGGUCACAUUUCUUACCAUGGAGCUGCCCAAAAUCACGGCUGGCGAGAAGGACGAGGAAAUCCGCCCACUCCCACGCUUCACAGGAUUCUGAGAACCCUAUGGACGGGUGAGAGGCAGGAUAACUUGAGCCUGUUGCUCCCGCUGCCUGGUGCAGGCCUCCGACAGAUGAAGAAGCCCCGCUCGAUCCAGAGCAGGGACGGAAGGUUGCCGACUUCGAAGUUGUAGUAGGCACUGGGGCCGCAGACACCCCCAGUGACGAAGUUGCAGGAAGAUCAGGCUCCAGGACGGCUAAACUAUUAGUUGUUUGUAUCCGCUCCGGGCUCUUUUGCAAAACUCAUCUGGUACCAACUUCGUUAGUUUGAUGGCUAGCAGCUUAGCAUCUUUGUCAAGCAGUCUUCAACCUGUCUGUUAAGCGCGAUUCCGGGACAAGAAAUAGCGGUCCUAGCUGUUAAAAGCUAACCGCAUCGCGGAAUCCACGCAAAAACAAGUUCGGUAUUCGUAUUUAAUGAAUAGCAGUUUAUUUUUUUAAAUAAAAAAUAACAAACCGAGUGUUUCCAGCAUAGUGUUUUCACAUGUAAUGCAACUGGCUUGCCUGCGCUAUCCACACUAAUUGGUGAAGUAAUUUAAUGAGCUAAAUGUAAAAAAACUGUUGAUUUCACAGGUUAAAAAAGGAACAGCAAAGAACAAUAUAAAUCGGUACUUUUUGGGGGGAUCAAACCGGUUCAUAACAUUAUUUUGCUUGUUGGUACAGUGAAACGGAACAAAAUAAAUAGUACUUCUGUUUCAGAAUGAAACUAUUCAAAAAUAAUUUUGUUUCCAACCCCUGGUUUUAACAUAGUUGCCUGAGCUUUGACGCCUGUUCAUGGUUUAUCUUAGUGACAGAACUCAGGCCAUCGUGAUUGAUGGGGUUAAGUCUGAAUUUCUUGAAGUACAGAAAUGUUUACCUCAGGUCGAUUUUGGGACCUGUUGUCUUCACUAUUUAUGUAAGCACCAUAGGUCAAUCUGUAAAAAAAUAAAAGAAAUACUUCAUCUACAGUGGGGAGAACAAGUAUUUGAUACACUGCCGAUUUUGCAGGUUUUCCUACUUACAAAGCACGUAGAGGUCUGUAACUUUUAUCAUAGGUACACUUCAACUGUGAGAGACGGAAUCUAAAAAAAAUCCAGAAAAUCACAUUGUAUGAUUUUUAAGUAAUUAAUUUGCAUUUUAUUGCAUGACAUAAGUAUUUGAUACAUCAGAAAAGCAGAACUUAAUAUUUGGUACAGAAACCUUUGUUUGCAAUUACAGAGAUCAUACAAUUCCUGUAGGUCUUGACCAGGUUUGCACACACUGCAGCAGGGAUUUUGGCCCACUCCUCCAUACAGACUCCUCCAUACGGACUUUCAGCUCCCUCCAAAGAUUUUCUAUUGGGUUCAGGUCUGGAGACUGGCUAGGCCACUCCAGGACCUUGAGAUGCUUCUUACGGAGCCACUCCUUAGUUGCCCUGGCUGUGUGUUUCGGGUCGUUGUCAUGCUGGAAGACCCAGCCACGACCGAUCUUCAAUGCUCUUACUGAGGGAAGGAGGUUGUUGGCCAAGAUCUCGCGAUACAUGGCCCCAUCCAUCCUCCCCUCAAUACGGUGCAGUCGUCCUGUCCCCUUUGCAGAAAAGCAUCCCCCAAGAAUGAUGUUUCCACCUCCAUGCUUCACGGUUGGGAUGGUGUUCUUGGGGUUGUACUCAUCCUUCUUCUUCCUACAAACAUGGCGAGUGGAGUUUAGACCAAAAAGCUCUAUUUUUGUCUCAUCAGACCACAUGACCUUCUCCCAUUCCUCCUCUGGAUCAUCCAGAUGGUCAUUGGCAAACUUCAGACGGGCCUGGACAUGCGCUGGCUUGAGCAGGGGGACCUUGCGUGCGCUGCAGGAUAUUAAUCCAUGACGGCGUAGUGUGUUACUAAUGGUUUUCUUUGAGACUGUGGUCCCAGCUCUCUUCAGGUCAUUGACCAGGUCCUGCCGUGUAGUUCUGGGCUGAUCCCUCACCUUCCUCAUGAUCAUUGAUGCCCCACGAGGUGAGUUCUUGCAUGGAGCCCCAGACCGAGGGUGAUUGACCGUUAUCUUGAACUUCUUCCAUUUUCUAAUAAUUGCGCCAACAGUUGUUGCCUUCUCACCAAGCUGCUUGCCUAUUGUCCUGUAGCCCAUCCUAGCCUUGUGCAGGUCUACAAUUUUAUCCCUGAUGUCCUUACACAGCUCUCUGGUCUUGGCCAUUGUGGAGAGGUUGGAGUCUGUUUGAUUGAGUGUGUGGACAGGUGCAGUUAAUACAGGUAAUGAGUGGAGAACAGGAGGGCUUCUUAAAGAAAAACUAACAGGUCUGAGAGCCGGAAUUCUUACUGGUUGGUAGGUGAUCAAAUACUUAUGUCAUGCAAUAAAAUGCAAAUUAAUUACUUAAAAAUCAUACAAUGUGAUUUUCUGGAUUUUUUUUAGAUUCCGUCUCUCACAGUUGAAGUGUACCUAUGAUAAAAGUUACAGACCUCUACGUGCUUUGUAAGUAGGAAAACCUGCAAAAUCGGCAGUGUAUAAAAUACUUGUUCUCCUCACUGUAUAUGCGGAUUAUACUAUUAUGUAUUCUAUUGCCCUGACUGUUGAUCUGGCUGUGUGAAAAACUAAGGUCAGAUUUUAUUGCUAUGCAGGAAUCCUCUGCUGAUGUAAAACUUGUGCUUAAUACGGGCAAAACGAAAUACAUGUUGUCUUUAAACUCUUGUAAGAAUGUUUCAGAUUAACUACAUGUUCACUCAUUAGAUGGUUCUCCAAUCGAACGUGUUCCAGUAUAUAAAUACUUAGGCAUUUGGAUUGAUAUAGAUUUGACGUAAAAAACAAACAAACUACUCUUAAACCUUUUGGAUGCCAUCUACCAUAGUGCACUUCAUUUUGUUACAGGUGACAGUUUUGAUACUCAUCACUGCAUCCUGUAUCAAAAGGUUGGCUGGACUUCGCUAAAGACCCAUAGAGCUCUACAUUACUCCCUUUUUGUUUAUAAGGCCCUACUUCAUAAACUUCAAUCUUAUCUAACUUUGCUGUUGAAGUAUAGACACCUGAAUUGCCUAACCCGUUCACAGGGUUGGUUAACUCUUGAGGUUCCUAGGGUCUCCACCGAGCUAGGUAAAUCUGCUUUUAGUUUUAAUGCACCGCUCAGCCCAGUCAAAACUGUUUGCUGCUCUGGCACCCCAAUGGUGGAACAAGCUCCCUCACGACGCCCCCCCCAAAAAAAAUUUUAAAAAAAAAUUGUAAAGUGGUUAUCCCACUGGCUAUAGGGUGAAUGCACCAAUUUGUAAGUCGCUCUGGAUAAGAGCGUCUGCUAAAUGAAGUUAAUGUAAAAUGUAUUGCUGAAACAAAAUAAAUGUAAUCUUGAUGUUCUGGUGCCAUUCGGGCAAUUUAAUAUAUUGAUUGGGGACUUAUUUGUGGAGGAAUGUAACUUUUUCUUGGUGAUUUUGUGAUUUUAUUUAUUUGUGCUUACCAUGACACGUGUGUGUGUGUGUGUAUAAUGUGUAUAUUUAUUUUGUGUUAUACAGAGCGCAUAAAAAAAAAAAAAGUAAAAAUAAAAUAAAGGUAAAAAAAAAUACAAAUUAAGUUGUGUAUCAAUUUAACCUUUUUGUUUUUUAGAAAAUUAUUUCUUGCUGUUAUGAAAGAUCAGGUUCUUAUGCCUCCAAAACCGUACCGCAAGCGAUGCGUGUUAAUGUACAGGCCGAGCGUCGCUGCUCUUAUGACUUAUGUGUAAUGUAAUGGAAUUGAGUCAUGAUCAAGGGCUAGCCACAGCCCAAACUGGAUUAGUUUGCAUUUAUGCAAGCUUGUUAGAUCAUACUGUAUGAAACGUGUUUAAUCUAUUGAUCGUUAGUUAGCAUCCUAGAUACAGUGCCUUCAGAAAGUAUUCAUACCCCUUGACUUAUUCCACAUUUUGUUGUUAGCCUGAAUUCGAAAUUGAUUAAAUAUAUUUUCUUACACACAAUACCCCAUAAUGACAAAGUGAAAACCAUGUUUUUAGAAAUGUUUGCAAAUUUUUGAAAAUGAAAUACAGGAAGAUAUCUCAUUUACAUAAGUCUUCACACCCCUGAGUCAAUACUUUGUAGAAGCACCUUUGGCAGUGUUUACAGCUGUGAGUCUUUCUGGUUAAGUCUAUAAGCGCUUUCCACACGUGGAUAGUGUAACAUUAGCCCAUUAUUAUUUUCAAAAUUCUUCAAAUCUGUCAAAUUGCUUGUUGAUCAUUACUAGACAACCGUUUUCAGGUCUUGCCAUAGAUCUUCAAAUAGAUUUAAAAUAAAUAGAAGUCAAAACUGUAACUCGGCCACUCAGGAACAUUCACUGUCUUCUUGGUAAGCAACUCCAGUGUAGAUUUUGCCUUUUGUUUUAGGUUAUUGUCCUGCUGAAAGGUGAAUUAAUCUCCCAGUGUCUGUUGGAAAGCAGACUGAAUCAGGUUUUCCUCUAGAAUUUUGCCUGUGCUUAGCUCCAUUCAUUUUUUUAUUUUUUUAAUCCUGAAAAGCUCCCCAGUCCUUAACGAUUACAAGCAUACCAAUAACAUGAUGCAGCCACCACUAUGCUUGAAAAUAUGGAGUGGUGCUCAGUAAUGUGUUGUAUUGGAUUUGCCCCAAACAUAACACCUUUGUAUUCAGGACAAAAAGUGAAUUGCUUUGCCAAAUUUUUUGCGGUACUACUUUAGUGCCUUGUUGCAAACAGGAUGCAUGUUUUGGAAUAUUUAUAUUCUGUACAGGCUUCCUUCUAGGCUUGGGCAGUAUCCAGAUUGUCAUACCUUCAAACCGACCUUGUGCCAUACCGGGAUAUUCGGUAAUUACAUUUUAGUCAUUUAGCAGACGCUCUUAUCCAGAGCAGCGACUUACAGUUAGUGAGUGCAUACAUUUUUCAUAAUGAUCAUAAUAACUGUACUGAACACAAGGGGCACUGUUUUCAAACCCCACUGAUACUCUGUAAUCCGAAGGUUAGCAGUGCUAACAGGUACAUGUAUAAGCCCAUAGAGAAUGCUAACGAGCGCAAUGCGAACAAUUUGUACAGUUUCUGACCUAAAGUAUACAAGUAACUCAAAAAUGCUACUCAGUUUGCUGCAUGCACAAAACAAAUAUUAGCCAGCAAGGCUCUUGAUCCAGGAGGGGAUUCUCUGCUGUUACCAAGCCAAUGCUUGAUUUUGGAAGAAGCAAACCACUUAGCUAGAUAGCUAACUAGCUACUAAAUUAGCAAACCAAAUGCACAACUGCAGAGCAUUUAGCACAUUCUAGACAGUUAACUUAAUAGUUAUAAGAUAUCUAGCUGGAAAACAUUUAGUUGUGAAUUCCAUACUGUAAUUAGAUUCUGCACAACAGUGAGUGACUCACAAGGCUCCGGUCUCUCGUCCUUGUGUGCUUGUUAACACAAACCACGUGACUGGGGAAUACUGUAAGCUUCAUAAUAAUGUGACCGGUGAAAUGAAGAACACAAUGUUCUUUAUCUCCUAACGUAAUGCACAAGUUCAUUGCAGAUUUUACUUAAAAAGUAACUUGUUAAGCACAUUUUUAUUCCUCAACUUAUGCUUGCCAUAACACAUAAUUACCAAACAUUUCGAAAAACAUAAUUCAACUUUGACAUUGAGGUAGGCCAGUGAUGACAAAAUCUCAAUUUAAUCAAUUUAAAAUUCAGGCUGUAACACAACAAAAUGUGGAAAAAGUCAAGGAGUGUGAAUGCUUUCUGAAGUCACUGUAUGUUGAGUUGCCUUGCUCUUAAUCAACAUCUACCAAUGUAUUUACUUUACCCAUUGAAUUGCUGCAGUAUGCCUUGGCUUGUACUGUAUAAGAUGGCCUCAUUAUGGACAUAACUAUCUUACAGCUUACAGUUUGGCAGCUGUUAGAUGGCACUAUACACAAGUGGGGUAAGUCAGAACAUGGCAGCAUUGUAUGGCAGCCAUGAUUCCAGACCACACAAUGCAGCUACAUAUCUUAGAAUAGAUUCACCUAUAUAGGACAGCUACUCUGGUCUAGAGUAUUGCAGAGGUUCACCCUCAGAUCCGGCGGGUUAAGGUCAGAAAAUAUUAUAUUUAAGUUCGGGUCAGGCAGGUCAAAUCUUGAGCAAAAAAAGAAUACAUUCCUCUUGUGAAAUUAUUAUCCAUAUUCUGCAAUUAAUAAUCUUCCAUUGCUCUUACAAUAGGCUAUCCUGAAAAAGGUUGAGCGUGAGGUACUUCACAACGCAUUUGAGUGACUCAUUUGAUCGCGGAUGAAAUCCCUGCAAAUCGUUGUCGAUGUUGCAAAAUGUUUUAGUAUGCUCACAGAAUUAAUCUAUCCGGUCCAAUUCCCCCUUUGCUUGCUCAGGUUGUCUUAACACAUGUCUUGUAGGGAUUAGUGGUAGAAUUGUGACGGUAAACGAACAAGCAAACCGCAAUAGUAACGGAUUCAGCACCACGGACAGCAGCACCUCUACGACCUGACAUUUCGGAACCAUUUCUUUGUUAAGUGAAGUAGGAGCCUAGUUGCUUAAGUUGUCUUCCUCCGUUGCACACCAAGCCUUCCAAAUAACAUAACAUAGCUUUGCCUAGAGCUUGCUUUUCUGUGGCUGCUUUGAUUCCCAAACAGAAGUAUAAUAUGAAGUGUGACACUUAGUGCCAUUUGUAAACCAGUGCUGGAUCGGAAUGCACAUCAAAAGAGAGAAAUAUUAGCAGGUGGGGAAAAAGUAGCCUAGCACUGGCUAGCUGUUAAUGCUUAGCCUACAUGCUAAAAUAACAAGCCAUUAUUGUUGCAUGUUUGACAUUUUAAAUGCGUUUCUGAGAAAUGUUUAAUCGCAUGCGUUUUGAAUUUACAGGUUACAGGUCGGUUGCAGGUCACUUACUGUAUCACAUAAAGAUGAGCAGGUGCCGGAUCAAUUCUUUGAAAUUGCGGACAGUUGUGGUUUUGAAAACCGCCGACCCGCGCAUCACUAGUCGGUGUCUGUAGUAGGCUAACUAGGCUAGAAAUGUGUGAAUCUUGUGUGGCUAGAUUUGGCUCAGCUUGAUUUGACGAAGGGUCCUAAUGGAGCCAUUAAUAUGUAUUACCAAUGGGCAUAGUAAAACUCCUGCAAUCAUUGUGCCAUGGUGUAGACUUGAAUAAUGCAGCAACAUCAUGGCGCCAUGCCAUGGCUUGCUUAGCUGUGAUAUCAGUCAGAAUAUUCAGUCUAACUAAAUAGAUUAUUGCAUUCCUUGGUGCAAAAUAAUGCCUAUUAAUGGGACUAAUAUUGCCAAAACAUCACGCUACUAUUUUCCUAGCAUUCGUAACUUGAAUGGUGUGUGUGUGUGUGGAAGCCUAGGCAGAGAGCUCUGUAAAUAUUUUUUGUGUUUUAACCCCCCAAAAAAGGUUUUUAUUACAAUUAGUUUUGGUGGUUUUGAGCCAUGGAUUUGAAGACUGACUGUCAGGUUAAAUCUGUUUUGGCUUGGCUAGCUGGCUAAUGUUUUUGUUUGAAAAAUGCAUCUGGACACAUUACCAGCUUUUUUGUUUCACCUGGCUGCCAGUUCCUGAUACUGCGAAAACACAAUUUCAGGAGUGGCUUGAAGCGUAGAGGAAUACAGCAGUGCUGAGGCAGAGUGCUACUAUUCUUUGUGUGGUGAGCUUUUUGGCGCCCAGAGCUGCUGAGGCAUCAUCCAAGUGGGUGCUGCACAGAGUGGAAGAGGAGAAGUCCAGUGGCUAUAAGACUCAGGUUGGUCCCCAGACUUGCCCUCUAAAAGAUCAUCAGCAGACUCCAUCACCAUCAUUGCCCAUCCUUUGACCAGCUCCCUCCACUCAAGUCAUGAGUUGACCCUCUCCAUCUUCAGAGGAUGCAGCAUUCAAAGACUUGGCAUCUAUUGGUUGACCUGUCACGAUACUGUAUAUUACUUGUUAGUUUUUUGCUCUUGAAGGGCUUUGAGAUUCUAUGAAAAGCGCUAUAGAAGUUUAAUUAUGUAUAUUUUUGGUGCAAUGUGCCCUCUUGUCUCUCUAUUUCCAGCUCUUUAAUGUGAAAGAAACCCCACAGGCGGCCACGGAAGAGGAGGUGGGGGCCUUCACCAAGCUCAUCGAGGCCAUGGGCUUUACAGGACCUCUCAAAUACAACAAAUGGGUAAGUGCCUCUAGCGUCACCAAACCACUCAAACGUCCACCCACUACAGUUCUUCAUACAGCAUUACUGUAGGUCUCUCACAAGUAACCUCUGAUUCAUCAGCUCACACUUUAAUCUAUAUGUAGGAUGUCAUGUUCAAUAAUGUAUUGAGGUUCAGUCGUGAAGGACAGCGCUUCAACCGACAUCUACACACGAGAUGCAGCCAAAAGAAAGUGCCGAAAGGGGAGUUUUUGCAAGUGUUGUUAUUUAGGCCUAGCGUUAAUUUAGUUCUGAUUUAAAAACAGUGACGUUUAACAAAUGCCUGAGUCACAUUGAAUGCACACAUUCCCAUCUCUAAAGACAGGACUGGCACUUUAAGAAUGUCCAUCCUGGUUACAGGGGGACAUGAGGCUUAUGAACCCCAGCAGGGGAGCAUUAACCCUGUGGUGUCAACCAAUAAUCUUCCCUGUGGACAAGCCAAGUACCUCCAUGGGUUAGGGGUGACAAUGCAUGCUAAAACCACCCCCUCAUGGAUAAGGGCCAGACCUGGGUUCAAAUACUAUUUGAAAUCAUUAUAAAUACUUAAGCUGUGUUUGAUUGAGCUUCCCUGUUGCAAUGGAACUGAUAAACUGCAAACCCUGCUCAUCUGGAACUAAAGCAAACACUCAAAGUAUGUGAAAGGUUUCAAAUAAACCUAGGUCUGGUUCCUAAUGUUGGUAAAACUCUGGGCUGGGCCCUAGACUUUAAAUAGGACCCAGAGAUGUUUUUCUGGCUAUGUUACAAGGGCAGAAAAACAUAUGUGACCAGGUAUAGCCCCACCUUGCCCUCUGGUGAAGUUUUGCCAUAUUACACUUAUCCAAUACCACUCAGAUUUCUACAAGUGCGUAGGGAGGAUCGGAGGAUGGUGUUUAAAGUGGCAAUCAACAGUUGAAACAAUUACAAAGUGUGCUCCCUGCCCCUGUUCGGGGUAAACGCUGAGGGAUGGGGCUGGAGAAAUGUAACCACUCUCAAAUUCAUAGACAUAACUAUGGAUACAAAAAUUGACUUUCCAUGAUAUCAAAAUUAUAUUUUUAACCAGGGGUUGGAACCCCUGGCUACAAGUGUAGCUUUUGGCGCAAAAUGCGACUACAAUUUUGCGAGUGGGGAGAGAGGUUUGAGGAGAAGGAGGCUUUUAAGCGCUGGGCAUCUUAUGAUGACAUGCAUUAUCAGAAUUAGGUCCACAGAAUUAUACCUAGGAGGAGCGGCUUCUAUGGAGGGUCUUUGACUGUCCUUUGAGCUAGCUGUCUGACAAGCUUGUCUGUUCAUAGCGGCACCAGAAUUAAAAACACUUCUUACCUUUUUUGUAGUUAAUAAAUCCAAAGUGAAACGUGAUAACUAGGCGUAUAGUAUGGUUAACUAGCAUUCCUCUCUAGCUAAUAAAAAAUCUCUCUCCCUAUCUUCUGAAAUGAUGGUUGUAACAUCAGUACAAAUCAAAUCAAAUUUUAUUUGCCACAUGCGCCGAAUACAACAUGUGGACAUUACAGUGAAAUGCUUACUUACAAGCCCUUAACCAACAAUGCAGUUUUUUAAAGAAAAAUAUAAGCAAGUAGCUAAAGAGCAGCAGUAAAAUAAAAUAGCAAUAGGGAGGCUAUAUACAGGGGGGUACCGGUACAGAGUCAAUGUGCGGGGGCACCGGCUAGUCGAGAUAAUUGAGGUCAUAUGUACAUGUGGGUAGAGUUAAAGUGACUAUGCAUAAAUAGUAAACAGAGUAGCAGCAGCGUAAAAGAGGGGGGUGGGGGGGGGCAGUGCAAAUAGUCUGGGUAGCCAUGAUUAGCUGUUCAGGAGUCUUAUGGCUUGGGGGUAGAAGCUGUUGAGAAGCCUUUUGGACCUAGACUUGGCGCUCCGGUACCACUUGCCGUGAGAUAGCAGAGAGAACAGUCUAUGACUAGGGUGGCUUGAGUCUUUGACAAUAUUUAGGGCCUUCCUCUGACACCGCCUGGUAUAGAGGUCCUGGAUGGCAGGAAGCUUGACCCCAGUGAUGUACUGGGCCGUACGCACUACCCUCUGUAGUGCCUUGCGGUCGGAGGCCAAGCAGUUGCCAUACCAGUCAGGAUGCUCUCGAUGGUGCAGCUGCAUAACUUUUUGAGGAUCUGAGGACCCAUGCCAAAUCUUUUCAGUCUCCUGAUAGGGAAUAGGUUUUGUCGUGCCCUCUUCACGACUGUCUUGGUGUGUUUGGACCAUGAUAGUUCGUUGGUGAUGUGGACACCAAGGAACUUGAAGCUCUCAACCUGCUCCACUACAGCCCCGUCGAUGAGAAUGGGGGCGUGCUCAGUCCUCUUUUUUUUUUCCCUGUAGUCCACAAUCAUCUCCUUUGUCUUGAUCACGUUGAGGGAGAGGUUGUUAUCCUGGCACCACAUGGCCAGGUCUCUGACCUCCUCCCUAUAGGCUGUCUCAUCGUUGUCGGUGAUCAGGCCUACCACUGUUGUGUCGUCGGCAAACUUAAUGAUGGUGUUGGAGUCGUGCCUGGCCAUGCAGUCAUGGGUGAACAGAGAGUACAGGAGGGGACAGAGCACGCACCCCUGAGGGGCCCCCGUGUUGAGGAUCAGCGUGGCAGAUGUGUUGUUACCUACCCUUACCACCUGGGGGCGGCCCGUCAGGAAGUCCAGGAUCCAGUUGCAGAGGGAGGUGUUUAGUCCCAGGGUCCUUAGCUUAGUGAUGAGCUUUGAGGGCACUAUGGUGUUGAACGCUGUGCUGUAGUCAAUGAAUAGCAUUCUCACGUAGGUGUUCCUCUUGUCCAGGUGGGAAAGGGCAGUGUGGAGUGCAAUAGAGAUUGCAUCAUCUGUGGAUCUGUUGGGGCGGUAUGCAAAUUGGAGUGGGUCUAGGGUUUCUGGGAUAAUGCUGUUGAUGUGAGCCAUGACCAGCCUUUCAAAGCACUUCAUGGCUACAGACAUGAGUGCUACGGGUCGGUAGUCAUUUAGGCAGGUUAUCUUAGUGACCUUGGGCACGGGGACUAUGGUGGUCUGCUUGAAACAUGUUGGUAUUACAGACUACAGUCAGGGACAUGUUGAAAAUGUCAGUGAAGACACUUGCCAGUUGGUCAGCACAUGCUCAGAGUACACAUCCUGGUAAUCCGUCUGGCCCUGCAGCCUUGUGAAUGUUGACCUGCUUAAAAGUCUUACUCACAUCGGCUACGGAGAGCGUGAUCACAUAGUCAUCCGGAACAGCUGAUGCUCUCAUGCAUGCUUCAGUGUUGCUUGCCUCGAAGCGAGCAUAGAAGUCAUUUAGCUCGUCUGGUAGGCUUGUGUCACUGGGCAGUUCGCGGCUGUACUUCCCUUUGUAGUCUGUAAUAGUUUAAGCCCUGCCACAUCCGACGAGCGUCAGAGCCGGUGUAGUACGAUUCAAUCUUAGUCCUGUAUUGACUCUUUGCCUGUUUGAUGGUUCGUCGGAGGGCAUAGCAGGAUUUCUUAUAAGCUUCCGGGUUAGAGUCCCGCUCCUUGAAAGCGGUAGCUCUACCCUUUAGCUCAGUGCGCAUGUUGCCUGUAAUCCAUGGCUUCUGGUUGGGGUAUGUACGUACGGUCACUGUGGGGGGGACGUCAUCGAUGCACUUAUUGAUGAAGCCAGUGACUGAUGUGGUGUACUCCUCAAUGCUAUCUGAAGAAUCCCGGAACAUGUUCCUGUCUGUGCUAGCAAAACAGUCCUGUAGCUUAGCAUCUGCGUCAUCUGACCACUUUAUUAACCGAGUCACUGGUGCUUCCUGCUUUAGUUUUUGCUUAUAAGCAGGAAUCAGGAGGAUAGAGUUAUGGUCAGAUUUGCCUAAUGGAGGGCGAGGGAGAGCUUUGUAUGCGUCUCUGUGUGUGGAGUAAAGGUGGUCUAGAGUUUAUUUUUUUCCUCUGGUUGCACAUUUAACAUGCGGUAUCCUAUGCUUUGGUGGGUGGAGGGGCAGGUAGCCUAAACACGCAUACACACUGGCAAAGAUUUUCAGCUUGCAGGUAGACACUGAAAUAAGUUUCUGAUUGACAGAGUUAUAACUUUGCAUAGACUCUUCGUUGCGUUUUGUUGGGGGACUAGAAAAAAAUGCCUGGAACGUAAAAUAACAUUAUUAACCGGUACUCAUGCUUUUGAAAUAACGGUUCUGUUUAUGUGGUUAUUUACAUUGACUUUGUUUACAAACAUUGGAGUAAAACAAGCUUAUAUUUUGGGUUCUAAAGGAGUACGACAGUUGAACUAAGCUCAUGAGGCAUUAAUAAGUUAUAUUCCUCAAGAAUCAAUGGGUACAUAUAAUUUCAUUUAUAAGUCAGAAAAUGGAUUUAGCAACUGCAGAUUGCCCCUUUAAAUCAGAGCUGUCAUUUACCUCUCCUUAGUCUGCACUACUGCUCAAUUUGCACAUUGGCUUUGUCACCACCGCUACAGGGCCUUAGAACAACAGAAGGUAGCAUCAUUUAGAUCAGCUUGAAAAGCCUUCCUCUGAACCGUGUCUUAAGGUUUAAAUUAGUUUGGUGUCAAAAACCUUAGGGAAUGCAAAGGCAUACCAACUCCAAACAAUAGCUAGUGCUGCACUGAUGUGCUGUGAGAGUGGGUAGCAGCAGAGUUUCUGAAUGAACGUUAACUCGUGCACACAGCAGCUGAGGCUGCGCUCAAAGAGGGCCUCCCAUGCCAGCGCCAAGCUUACACAGAAUGCCCGGACGGAGAGAGAUUUACCAGUGAUUCACAUUCCACUCUUCUUAUGUCACCACCCACCCUCGGCCAAAGCCCUCUGCUUUUGUUAUGUGUGAACUAUGGUUUACAUUUUGGAAAGGUUAAAAGGAAAGUGUAAAGUGUUACUCUGUGGGAUACUCUUUAGGUUAGCUCGCAGGACACCUGCCUCUUCUGUCAGGAACCGUUCAAGUCUGACACGUAAAGUCUCAACUGUGACGAGUACAACUUAGCCUACAUUGUUGUCUUAUCAACUUAUUGCUACUCUGUUUUUGCAGAAAAUCAAGAUUGCUGCCUUGCGCAUGUACACAUGCUGUGUUGAGAGAAUCAACUAUGAUGAAUUUUUUGAAAGUAAGUAUUUGCCUGUAUAGAUUCCUUCUAUGUAGUUCAUUCCUUCUAUAGAGUUCAUCACCUGAGUGAGGUAGCCUAUUCUUCCAGCCAGAUGCCAAUGCAUACACUACAGACAGGUCUUUGUUGAUCAUUAAUUGAGUAUUUAAUAAGUAAUUGACAGGCAAGUAAUCGAUGACUAUAAGAUGUUGUGCUAGUCAUUUCCAUAGCUUUGAGAACAAUGGCCGUGUAGACCUUACCAGUCCCAUGGAUGGAGAGAAGGGCUGCUUGGGGCUAUCGACCCAAACUCCCAGAGUAACUUCACAUCAACAAGACUGCCCAAGUGCCUAAAGGGACCCUUUCAUCGGCAUCCUGAAAGAUUUACACUAGCGGUCAAAGGUUUUUGAACACCUACUCAUUCAAGGGUUUUUCUUUAUUUUUACUAUUUUCUACAUUUGUAGAAUAAUAAUGAAGACUUCAAAACUAUGAAAUAACACAUAUGGAAUUGUGUAGUAACCAAAGAAGUGUUAAACAAAUCAAUAUAUAUUUUUUAUUUAAGAUUCUUCAAAUAUGCACCCUUUGCCUUGAUGACAGCUUUUCACACUCUUGGCAUAUUAUUCUACAAUGUAGAAAAUAGUAAAAAAUAAAGAAAAACCCUUGAAUGAGUAGGUGUUCUAAAACGUUUUACCGGUAGUGUAUGUGACACAUUACAGGCCAGUUAGUCUGACGCCCCUCUGAUCUCUCCGUCCAUAGAAUGCUCCCUCCCCGACACGCUCAACUCCUGGUUCCUGGUGGCACAGCUCCAUGUCUGGUGAGUACCUCUGUGUUACACACCCUCUACAGACCCUUCUCAGGCAGGGAUUACUUAGCUUUUGCCCCCCUCUGUAAAGUUUGAAACCCCUUUUGGGAACUUCAAGUUCCCAUGACGAAGCUGAGACUGUGCCUUUUAUUUUCCACUUUGACCUCAAUUGUGUUCCUUCAGUUUUGUCUCCCGUCUGCUAUUUCUUUGAAGUCAAAUCUAGACUUUUAACUGGUGUUAAGAUUUUGUAUUUUCUGACAAAAGGAUUUGACAUGGGAGACAUUCUAGGCAUAAGCACCAAUGACGUCUAAAUCAAAUCAAAUGUUAUUGGUCACAUACACAUAUUUAGCAGAUGUUAUUGCGGGUGUAGCUAAAUGCUUCUGUUCCUAGCUCCAACAGUGCAGUAGUAUUUAACAAUUCACAACAAUACACACAUCUGAAAGAAUGGAAUUAAGAAAUAUAUAAAUAUUAGGACGAGCAAUGUCGGAGUGGCAUUGACUAAAAUACAGUAGAAUAGAAUAGAGUAUAUACAUAUGAAAUGAGUAAAGCAGUAUGUAAACAUUAUUAAAGUGACUAGUGUUCCAUUAUUAAAGUGGCCAGUGAUUCUAUGUAUAUAGGGCAGCAGCCGCUAAGGUGCAGAGUUGAGUAACCGGGUGGUGAUGGCUUUUUAACAGUCUGAUGGCCUUGAGAUAGAAGCUGUUUUUCAGUCUCUCGGUCCCAGCAUUGAUGCACCUGUACUGACCUCGCCUUCUGGAUGAUAGCGGGGUGAACAGGCCGUGGCUCGGGUGGUCGAUGUCCUCAAUUAUAUUUUUGGCCUUCCUGUGACAUCGGGUGCUGUAGGUGUCCUGAAGGGCAGGCAGUGUGCCCCCGGUGACGCGUUGGGCAGACCGCACCACCCUUCUAGAGAGCCCUACGGUUGCGGGCGGUGCAGUUGCCAUACCAGGCGGUGAUACAGCCCGACAGGAUGCUCUCAAUUGUGCGUAUGUAAACAUUUGUAAGGGUGUUAGGGGCCAAGACGAAUUUCUUCAGCCUCCUGAGGUUGAAGAGACGCUGUUGCGCUUUCUUCACCACACUGUCUGUGUGGGUGGACCGUUUCAGAUUGUCAGUGAUGUGUACACCUUCUCCACUGCAGUCCCGUCGAUGUGGAUAGGGGCGUGCUCCCUCUGCUGUUUCCUGAAGUCCACGAUCAGCUCCUUCGUUUUGUUGACGUUGAGGGAGAGGUUAUUUUCCUGGCAGCACUCUGCCAGGGCCCUCACCUCCUCCCUGUCUAUGUAUAGAGUGCAGUGGUAAGGGCUUAAUUGUUUAGGUAUGUUUCUGCUUGGAUAAGUAUUGUUUAGAGGUAAAUCUUGCCAUCUUGAUUUUCCAAGAAGUAAAUCGAACUGGGUGUCAUCCAUCUACUCUAUUUUCGAAUAACCUAACCUCGCCACCCUUUUUGCAUCUGUACUCUCAAACCCCAGGUAGUUCAGGUUAUAUGCCUUUAGUUAACACAUGCCUUGGUAUUUGAUCCAGACCUGGGAAAGAAAGGUAUGCAUGCAUGAGCUCAUCAGAGUUGGGUGAUGAAUUGCUCUGCCACGGCCCUCUUCAUCAAACAUGCCCACCACUCCUCUGACUUCCUGUCAAAGCUACUUUCCUGCCACUAAUUCUGUUGACUUUGGGAUGCGGGAUGACAUAAGCUUCAAAAGCCAGGCCUGGACUCAAUCAAAACUGCUGUGCGCAGGAGGCUAAACCAUCUUCACGCUAUGAAAAUGGUGUCAUGUCGUGGGAAUAACGCAUACGGAUGUGGAUUCAUGCUCAAACUGGUUUAGGUUAUUAGCAUUUGCACCCAAGAACCAGUGAGUGAAAAUGUAGAACAACCACGGAUUCGGUUCUAUUGACUUUUUCAGCUACCCGUUUCAGAAAUUACACAGUACUAGUCAGAUCAAAGCCCAUUUUAAGAAAAGGGUUGAGAAAACGUGAUCCCAACACAGCAAAAUCGACAUGAACCACUUAAAAGUAGCACUGUUACAAUGACAAAUUGUAACUUGAUACAAGCAUGUGUGACUUGAACAUAAAUAAAUCAUGCAUUGACGUCAGUAGAGGAUUUCCUAGGAAUGGUCAUGUACACUACAUGACCAAAAGUAUGUGGACACCUGCUUCUCUCAUUCAAAAAUCAUGGGCAUUAAUUUGGAGUUGGUCCCCCUCUCUGCUGCAACAACAGCCUCCACUCUUCUGGGAAGGCUUUCCGCUAGAUGUUGGAACAUUGCUGCGGGAACUUGCUUCCAUUCAGCCACAAGAGCAUUAGUGAGGUCGGACACUGAUGUUGGGAGAUUAGGCCUGGCUCGCAGUCGGCGUUCCAAUUCAUCCCAUAAAUGUUCGAUUGAGGUCAGGGCUCUGUGCAGGCCAGUCAAGUUCUUCCAUGCCGCUCUGUCAUUGCUUGUCCAUAUAUGUGUAUAUACAGUCUUGGUCAAAAGUUUUGAGAAUGACAGAAGUAUUGGUCUUCACAAAGUUCGCUGCCUCAGUGUUAUGAGAUAUUUUUGUCAGAUGUUACUAUGGUAUACUGAAGUAUAAUUACAAGCAUUCCAUAAGUGUCAAAGGCUUUUAUUGACAAUUACAUUAAGUUUAUGCAAAGAGUCAAUAUUUGCAGUGUUGACCCUUCUUUUUCAAGACCUCUGCAAUCUGCCCUGGCAUGCUGUCAAUUAACUUCUGGGCCACAUCCUGACUGAUGGCAGCCCAUUCUUGCAUAAUCAAUGCUUGGAGUUUGUCAGAACUUGUGGGUUUUUGUUUGUCCACCCACCUCUUGAGGAUCGACCACAAAUUCUUAAUGGAAUUAAGGUCUGGGGAGUUUCCUGGCCAUGGACUCAAAAUGUCGAUGUUUUGUUCCCCGAGCCACUUAGUUAUCACUUUUGCCUUAUGGCAAGGUGCUCCAUCAUGCUGGAAAAGGCAUUGGUCGUCACCAAACUGUUCUUGGAUGGUUGGGAGAAGUGGCUCUCGGAGGAUGUGUUGGUACCAUUCUUUAUUCAUGGCUGUGUUCUUAGGCAAAAUUGUGAGUGAGCCCACUCCCUUGGCUGAGAAGCAACCCCACACAUGAAUGGUCUCGGGAUGCUUUACUGUUGGCAUGACACAGGACUGAUGGUAGCUCUCACCUUGUCUUCUCCGGACAAGGUGUUUUCCGGAUGCCCCAAACAAUCGGAAAGGGGAUUCAUCAGAGAAAAUGACUUUACCCCAGUCCUCAGAAGUCCAAUCCCUGUACCUUUUGCAGAAUAUCAGUCUGUCCCUGAUGUUUUUCCUGGAGAGAAGUGGCUUCUUUGCUGCCCUUCUUGACACCAGGCAAUCCUCCAAAAGUCUUUGCCUCACUGUGCGUGCAGAUGCACUCACACCUGCCUGCUGCCAUUCCUGAGCAAGCUCUGCACAGGUGGUGCCCCGAUCCCGCAGCUGAAUCAACUUUAGGAGACGGUCCUGGCGCUUGCUGGACUUUCUUGGGCGCCCUGACGCCUUCUUCACAACAAUUGAACCUCUCUCCUUGAAGUUUAUGAUGAUCCGAUAAAUGGUUGAUUUAGGUGCAAUCUUACUAGCAGCAAUAUCCUUGCCUGUGAAGCCCUUUUUGUGCAAAGCAAUGAUGACGGCACGUGUUUCCUUGCAGGUAACCAUGGUUAACAGAGGAAGAACAAUGAUUUCAAGCACCACCCUCCUUUUAAAGCUUCCAGUCUGUUAUUCUAACUCAAUCAGCAUGACAGAGUGAUCUCCAGCCUUGUCCUCGUCAUAACUCUCUCCUGUGUUAACGAGAGAUUCACUGACAUGAUGGCAGCUGGUCCUUUUGUGGCAGGGCUGAAAUGCAGUGGAAAUGUAUUAAGUUAAUUUUCAUGGCAAAGAGGGACUUUGCAAUUAAUUGCAAUUCAUCUGAUCACUCGUCAUGACAUUCUGGAGUAUAUGCAAAUUGCCAUCAUCAAAACUGAGGCAGCAGACUUUGUGAAAAUUAGUAUUUGUGUCAUUCUCAACUUUUGACCACGACUGUAUUCUUAAAUUCCAUUCCUUUCAUAGAUUUGUGUGUAUUGGGUGUAUGUUGUGAAAUUGUUAGAUAUUACUGCACUGUUGGAGCUAGAAGCACAAGCAUUUCGCUACACCCGCAAUAACAUCUGCUAAACACGUAUGUGACAAAUUAAAAUUUGAUUUGAUCUCGACAAACCAUUUCUGUAUGGACCUCGCUUUGUGCAUGGGAGCAUUGUCAUGCUGAAACAGGAAAGGGCCUUCCCCAAACUGUUGCCACAAAGUUGGAAGCACCGAAUCGUCUAGAAUGUCAUUAUAUGCUGUAGUGUUAAGAUUUACCUUCACUGGAACUAAGGGACCUAGCCUGAACCAUGAAAAACAGCCCCAGACCAUUAUUCCUCCUCCACCAAACUUUACAGUUGGCACUAUGCAUUGAAGCAGGUAGCGUUCUCCUGGCAUCCACCAAACCCAGAUUCGUCCGUCUGACUGCCAGAUGGUGAAGCGUGAUUCAUCACUCCAGAGAAUGCAUUUCCAGUGUCCAAUGGCGGCGAGCUUUACACCACUCCAGCCGACGCUUGGCAUUCAGCCAAAGAGUUCAAUCUUGGUUUCAUCAGACCAGAGAAUCAUGAUCAAUGAAAACAGGAUGCACCUGAGCUUAAUUUCCAGUCUCAUAGCAAGGGGUCUGAAUACUUAUGUAAAAUGUUUUUAUUAUUAUUUAUGUUUUGGUAAAAAUGUCUAAAAACCGGUUUUUGGUUUGUCAUUAUGGGGUAUUGUGUAGAUUGAUGAGUAAUACAAUUGAUUUAAACUAUUUUAGAAUAAGGCUGUAAUGUGGAAAAAGGGAAGCGGUCUGAAUACUUUCCGAAUGCACUCAAGUUGAUUAUUGACUAUCUUUUUGUUUUCUCCUGUAGGAUGUGUCUGGUGCGGGUAAGGCAAGAAGGCCGUGAGGGGAAGUACAUGUGCCGCUACAUCGUCCACUCAAUGUGGGAGGACGUGGAGCAGAGGAGCAAGAUCAUGGGAGUAAGUCCCUCAAACUCCAACCUCGUGUCUUUACCAGUCUAAAAUCUGGGACCGUAUCUAUCAAGCGUCUUAAAGUAGCAGUGCUGAUGUAGGACCCUGGACAACACCCUGCCGUUCUCUGCAAAUAUCAAAGCAGUGACUCGCUCCUGCAGGUUCAUGCUCUACAACAUCCGUAGAGUACGACCCUAUCUCACACAGGAAGCGUUGCAGGUCCUAAUCCAGGCACUUGUCAUCUCCCGUCUGGACUACUACGACUCGCUGUUGGCUGGGCUCCCCGCUUGUGCCAUCAAACCCUUGCAACUUACCCAGAACGCCGCAACCCGCCUGGUGUUCAACCUUCCCAAGUUCUCCCAUGUCACCCCGCUCCUCCGCAUACUCCACAGGCUUCCAGUUGAAUCUUGCAUCCACUACAAGACCAUGGUACUUGCCUAAGGAGCAGCAAGAGGAACUGCCCCUCCCUACCUUCAGGCUAUGCUCAAACCCUACACCUCAACCCGAGUACUCCGUUCUGUCACCUCUGGUCUCUUGGCCCUCCCAUCCAUACAGGAGGGCAGCUCCCGCUCAGCCCAGUCAAAGCCCCAAUGGUGGAACCAGCUUCCCCCUGAAGCCAGGACAGCAGAGUCCCUGCCCAUCUUCUGAAAACAUCUAAAACCUUACCUCUUUAAAGAGUAUAUUAAAUAACCACCAAAAACCACCAAAAAUGUGUCUUUUGUGAACAAAGUCACGCUUGACUUAUGGGAUAGAUUAUGAAAGUAGGCUAUACAGAAGUAGUGUUGUUGCAUAACCCCUGAACCAGUUCUCUUGAACCAGACCAGACCAGUUUUGACUGUCAGGCAUGUCAACAUGGCGGCAGGUAGCUUAGUGGUUAAGAGCGUUGUGCCAGUAACCGAAAGGUCGCUGGUUCUAAUCCCCGAGCCCACUAGGUGAAAAAUCUGUCGAUGUGCCCUUGAGCAAGGCACUUAACCCUAAUUGCUCCUGUAAGUCGCUCUGGAUAAGAGCGUCUGCUAAAUGACCAAUUAUUAUAUUAUUAUUAUAACAUGUACAGAGUUGGUUGCUGGCCAACAAUUUCACCAGCUAAAGUCAGACGUCCUGUCCCCCACCAUCUAUUUGUUGUAAGGAAUGAUUGCCCUGGUGAUCAAGUCAAGAGUUCUGCCUAAGUUCCCCCCUUGGAGCUUUAAGUAAUACUUUUCUAUAAUGUUCAUGUUGAAGUCUUCAAAAUUAUUUAUGGUUACAACUUGUAAUAGAGGAAGAUGUCUGACAAAUGAAUACCUUCCUUGUAAAACAAAUGUAAAUGUCUCCAUUUCGAAGGCCCUGCCCUCGUAUAACUGUUACUGCGCUCUCACUAACGUCUGAGGCCGACGUGACCUUCGCCCAUUUGCAUGAUUGACUUGCCCCCUAUAGUUUUACAAGCUCACCCCACUUGGGAACAAGCAAGGGGGAACGAGGGAAUGAAAUCACCAGCGUUCUCGUGCCACCAUCCGGACGGCUUUUCCAUGUGGUAACACCUCUCCUUCCGAGCGGACUGUAAAUCAAGAGGGAAAGGUUUCGGCAUUGGACUUUAUAAGAAAAUCCUAAACUUUUCAGAUGUCUCGUCUAGGGAAAAUGUAUUAGGUCAUUAUCAGUAUUAUUUAGCCCAGCUGAGGCGGGCGAACUGCUGCCAGCUAUUUGGAGUAAUCCUCUGUGAGUAGAGCAGCUUUUACAGGGCCCUGAAUAAUCACCUCGACAUACUGUAACUGCCACUAUUAAAUGGUUGGAAUCAGCUGAUGGAGCCAUCCCGAAACAUGAAGUCUGUGUAUAGGCCUACACUGUUGUACAUGGUAGUUCCAUACAACACCUGAAGUCAAAGGUCGCUGCUCUCCAUGAACCUGUCACCCAAAAAUGCCUCGUUAACCUCUACGGGAUCGGUGUCCCGUAUACGGGACGGUUGAGCUAACGUGCGCUAAUGUGAUUAGCAUGACUGUUGUAAGUAACAGCAAACUUUCCAGGACAUAGACAUGUCUUAUAUGGGCAGAAAGCUUAGAUUCUUGUUAAUCUAACUGCACUGUCCAAUUUACAGUAGCUGUUACAGUGAAAAAAUAGCAUGCUAUUGUUUGAGGAGAGCGCACAACAAAAAAAACAUAUCACGGCAACUGGUUUGAUACAUUCGCCUCUGAAGGUAAAUAAAGUACUUACAUUCAGUAAUCUUGCUCUGAUUUGUCAUCCCGAGGGUCCCAGAGAUAAAAUGUAGCAUAGUUUUGUUUGAUAAAAUCCAUUUUUAUAUUCAAAUGUAGGAACUGGGUUCUACAGUUUGAACCCUUGCUGUCUCUGGCUCCACCCCGCCCGGCCAUCUAGAUGUGUGAAGUUAGUUUAUAAGCUAAUGAUCCAUCAUGUACUGUGUAAACGUACAUUUUGUAUUACCAUAUCAUUUUUGUAUGUUCUUGAAAAUGUAUCAAUCGACCAAUUAGGCACAUUUGGGCAGACUUGAAACAAAGUAGUCCAGUAUUGCAAUGCUUCACUGGAUCAAUCUGAAACUUUGCACACACACUGCUGGCCAAAAUCUACAUUACGCCUAAACUGCAAUAUUAUACUGUGGCCUUUCUCUUGCGUUUUCUAUUAUUAUUUCUAUAGUCUAUGAAAUGCAUGUUUUUUUUGUUUGUAUUAUCUUUUACCAGAUCUAAUGUGUUAUUCUCCUACAUUCAUUUCACAUUUCCACAAACUUGAAAGUGUUUCCUUUCAAAUGGUAUCAAGAAUAUCCAUAUCCUUGCUUCAGGUCCUGAGCUACAGGCAGAUUUGGGUAUGUCAUUUUAGGUGAAAAAAAAGGGGUCCGGUCCUUAAGAGGUUAAAGCCUAUUUUCCAUGGAGGAUGUGGGCACCCUUUGGCGUGAGCUCAUUCUCGACUGCGGCGGUGGCGGGGGAAUGAGAACCCGAACGGUAAAGAUUGAUGAUGACUGCAGAAGCGGGGCCCUCGCUGUAAGCUCAGUCGUUUGCCUUCUCCCGAAGCUUAACCACUCACACUGCCCUAACCUGGCCUCAUUUUCCUGCUCCUCCACCCAACUGGCCUGAGGGCACCACCAGGGCAAGCCCAUGUAACUCCAGAGGAGAGGGUUACUAAAAUGAAGGGACCCCUUGUUCCCCACAGCGUUAACAUGGCACUGAGCGGAUGGCUCUACCAGUGCAUAUUCUGUUCUUUACCUGGACAAUGGAGCUAUAGACCAGUACAAGGCUGACAUACACGGGCUGUUUUGUAGAAACCAAAUGUAAUGCAGCUCAAGCUGUAGCCUAUCUGCUUUUUGUUUUGGAUUCGGACUGAAGCAAAACAUAGGCUAAUCCUCAAAAGAAUAUGGGCCUUCCAGGUAUCCACACUACCCCUCUCACUGCUAGAGCCCCCAUGCAAUCGUUUCAGAUCUAAUGUUACUUGCUAAUUGUGUAAAACGAAGGGAAAAAAACUUGUCAGGUAGUCUGGUGCUUGGGGGGUGAUGAUUAUGCGUAGGUCCCUAAUUAUGCACAGGUGCAUCUUCUCGCGCCACGCCGAUAGCCAACGCAGAGGUGAGUGGAAGCCCUUAAACUGAUUUUUAAUAAAUGAGAUCACUUUCCAAAAAAUGUAUCCAAAAAGACCAGAGAUUGCUGCAUGUAUGUUACUAUGGAGAAUUGCACAGAGCAGAGGUUAAGGGACUUGUUGUUAUUGUUCUAAGUGGGAGUUCUACUCCUGUCUAUCACGCCUGCUCCAAAUUGACCUAUUGGGCGUUUUGAACAGGUAAAACUAGGUCCUCAUCUAUUGAGUUCUCAAACCGCUUCCAGGUCACGGUUUUUCAAGCUGCGGAGUUUGUAUGGAAGAUUCCUCGAGGUGACCUCUGAUUCAUUCUUGUCAUAGCCUAUUUAGUUCUGUGUUUUUACUCCCCUAUUCUAUUACAAUGCAUUCAUUAUCAAAACUCCCUGAGUAUUAUUAGUGUCCUUGGUGUACCUAAUACAGUACUGUAUGUAAGUGAGUGCUGUACCUGUGUAUUUAUGUAAGUAUAGUCCCCUCUACCUGCUCGACACACUCAGUGAGUGGCCACAAAGAUCCCCUACUCUCAACCUAGUCCAGCACUAUAAACUGGCUCCAACAGCCCAAGGAAAAUGUUAUUUAUAUUUCAGGAGAGGAAAAUGUGUGUGUGUGCGCGCUCGAUGUGGAAAAUGUGAACAAAUUUGAGGAACUCAAGCAAAGCAGUAGUCUUGGGACUGUUUACCCAAAAUAGUGUUAAAACCAACUUCGGUCCUUGCUCUGCAGUUGGCUAACCCACAUCCCUCCCUCCCUCUCUUUCACCCUUCUAGAUUGAUGCCAUUCACCGGAAGGAAAGCAUGAGGGCUAUGACAGAGACCUUCUACGCUGCUAUUUUUGGAUAUGAUGAGGUAAGACCCAGCUAUGACCAUUAGGGUUAUCUUUGCCUCAGCUGUGCCAGAUCGUAUAAAACACAACACACACUGGAAACGAUGACUGGCAACGGAAGGGCCCCAGAGACCAAGCCUGCUUGUGAACGGGUCAGGAGCUAGCAUGUCGUGGUGCUGUUCUAGGCCUGACUGUCGGAAAGGUCCUGCAGGAGCCAGCGUGCUCGGUCAGGUCCAGUCCUCAGUGCUAUUUGACGAAGCAGUGAUGGAAGGUAAAGAUUCACCACCUCUGUGUUGCAUUUGAAGGGAAUCCUUUCGGACGACGGGGUGCUGGCGGCCGCCCUGUGGAGGAACAUGUUCAACCGCCAGUGCGAGGACCCCAGGCAGCUGGAGCUCAUGGUGGAGUACGUCCGCAAACAGGUGAGAAAGGAAGACAACCCUCCAUAUCACCACAGAUGGGACACGAGGACCCUAGUCCUCAGUGGUUCCCCAAAUAAAGAAGAUAAAUGUUUCUGGCCACGAAGUUUUCACCCGGCACCCAAAAAGAAUCUGCCCCCGACUUAUCAGGUUUGGAAAGACCUGAGGGACGUGGGGACCCCCAGACGUUUCACUAUUUUGUUGUAGCCCUGAACUAGCUCACCUGAUUCACCUAUUCAAGGGCUUGAUGAAAAGUUAAAUCAGGUGUGCUAGUUCUAGAAUAGUUCAAAUACAUGGAAUGGCUGUGGGUCCCUGAGGAGAUAUUUGAAAAGGUCUGCUCUAGGGUGUUCUCAAACAGUUCAUCUCUUUUUUUGUGAACAAUUGUCUUCAAAUUCCACUCUGUAGAGCCUAGUUUUUAUUCCUUUUAGUUAUUUAAACUGGAGGCGCAAGUGUUAAACGCACGUUAGUUUGUCAUUUUGUCAUGUAAAAACUGAAGCACUGGCAUUUCCCAUCCCUUAUGCCAGGUUCGGCAAUUUACCUGUCUAACAUCAGCUCGCUUGCGCUGAGGUGGGAGGGAUGAAAAUAUAGUUGUGUCCUUAAAAACAUGCACCAAUAUGCCAAUUUCAGUCAGCGCAACUAGGGAUAUUUAAGACCGACCAAAAGCUGGUUUAGAGGUAAUGCAAUUGGUUAUGGCAUUGAUUUUGCCAGCGGAGAGGCACACCGUAGACUUACAUAAAUGUUUUAUUAAAAGCAAAACUGUCAACAGAUAUUCCCAAUUUUUUACUCUAAAAUUUGCAGUUUUGUCACACAACAUAAUGCAACAGAUGUCUCAAGUUUUGAGGCAGUGUGCAUUUGGAAUGCUGACUGCAGGAAUGUCCACCAGAGCUGUUGCCAGAUAAUUUAAUGUUAAUUUCUCUACCGCAAGCCGCCUCCAACCUCAUUUUAGAGAAUUUGGCAGUACGUCCAACCGGCCUCAAAACUGCAGACCACGUCUUACCACGCCAGCCCAGGACCUCCACAUCCGGCUUCUUCACCUGCAGGAUGGUCUGAGAUGAGCCAUCCGGACAGCUGAUAACUGUGGGUUUGCACAACCAAGGAAGUACUGCACAAACUGUCAGAAACCGUCUCAGGGAAGCUCAUCUGCGUGCUCGUCGUCCUCACCAGGGUCUUGACCUGACUGCAGGUCGGACUCCCUCUAGUCAUUUGUGUGUCUUAAUUAUUUCAUCAAACAGUGCGCUUAAAGCAUCAGACAAGCUCAGUGCAUAUAGUUGAUUUGAUGUCAUAGGAUGUCUCUAUAUAUGGAAAAAUACAAAUACAAUCGAUUUGUCUAAAGUAUAGACGAGUCUCUGUCGACCCAAGAUUUUUUUUAGUCGGGGACAUCUCUAGUGGCAACUUGGAGACACCAUGUUAGACCUCUCACUCAAACCCUUUUUCUUAUCUUGCACCUACUCCAAAAUGUAUAUGAAUGUUCUUAUGUUACUGAAUGUAUCCAGAGUAUUUUCAGAUUUCAUUAUUGACAAAUGCUGUGAAAAAUACAGUGGCGUAACAUAAGUAAAAAAAUACUUUGAAGUACUACUUAAAUCGUUUUUGGGGGUAUCUACUGUACUAUUUAUAUUUUUGACAACUUUUACUUUUACUCCACUACAUUCCUAAAGAAAAUGUACUUUUUAUUCCCAUACAUUUUCCCUGGCACCCAAAAGUACUAGUUACAUUUCGAAUGCUUAUCAGGACAGGAAAAUGGUCCAAUUCACAAACUUAUCAGAAGAACGCAGACAUCACUACUGCCUUUGAUCUGGCAGACUCCCUUAACACAAAUGCUUCAUUUGCAAAUUAUGUCUGAGUGUUGGCGUGUGCCCCUGGCUAUCGGUAAAAAAAAAAAAAAACUCAAGAGAAUCGGUUUGGUUAAUAUAAGGAAAUUCAAAUUAUUUAUAGAAUUUUCUUUUGAUACUUAAGUAUAUUUAAAAACAAAUACUUUUAGACUUUUACUCAAGUAAUAUUUUAGUGGGUGACUUUUACUUGAGUCAUUUUCUAUUAAGAUAUCUUUAUUUUUACUGAAGUAUGACAAUUGGGUACUUUUUCCACUGCUGGUGAAAUGCACAUUAAAUCAAGUCUGUUUGGAUUCAGUCUUGUUAGGUGAGCUGUUGUGUCCUCACCUUUUGGUCUGAUAAUUUCCCCAUAAUCUCCAAAAUGUUCUAUUACAAUUGCUGCCAUGGUCAUGCAUCAUGUUUUUUUUAUAGUUCUUCUAUUAGAAACAUUUCAAUUUGGCCAUAUCCAUAUAGGCCAAUUUCGACGAGGGUUAAAGGUGGCGGUUUUACGGUCAAACUAAAUCAAGCGUUAGACCAUUUCCUCAACCCGAGCCAGCGGGCGACAGUGGAACUCUGACAUUAGUACGAAAGCAAAUGGAAGUGGCAUUAGGGGGAACGUGUGACUGCGGUGACGGCCACUCCACUGGCAUCCCCCUUGGUCCUGAGUUAUUGGUGUGUACGUAGUCCAGGGCCUGACCCACUCCUGCCUGCUUGCAUUAAAGGUGUCCUCGCAUCACUGCACACAGACGGGGCCAUGCCACAGGUUCCAGCUAGCUAGUGUACAUUACAGGCACUGCCAGGAAUUUAUGAGACGAGGAGGGACUUUUCAUGAGGAAAACAAACAAAAGAUACUGUUUCUCUGAGCUCGCAGGGAUUUCAAGAGCAUAGACGAGCUCUUGAAAGGGGGAGUAAAUGAGAGACGGGGAGAAAAGUCAGUGCAAAGAUAACAGGUUUGUUAAUCAAGUGGGCCAGAGCUGUUUCAUCACAGGUGCAGCACAUAAAGCCUGGCCAUGCCUGAUGACACGCUACAGGAGAGGAGAUCGCAGGCCCUCGGCCCCUGCCCCAGCGACGAAGUCACGUACAGUGGUCGCGCGCUGCACUGGCAUCGCCACUGCAUCAUUACACACACUAGUUACUGUCAUCAAAUUCUCCUUCCAUGAGCUCAGGCCACUUGUUUAAUUAAAGAUGCAAUAUCUAACUUUUUGGGUGACCCUACCAAAUUCACAUUGAAAUGUGAGUUGUACAGUGCAUUUGGGAAGUAUUCAGACCCCUUGACUUUUUUUCCACAUUUUGUUACGUUAUAGCAAUAUUCUAAAAUUGAUUAAAUUGUUUCCUGAGUUCAUGAGUUGGAUGACCCUUCAAAUAGAUUUUUCCCAGUCGGAGCUCGUUUUUUCAGAGUUCCCAGUUGUUUUGAAUGCACUGAAGUCAAGUUAAUGGCAAGCUAAUUACAGAAAAUAGCUUAUGAAAGCAGAGCUUUCUGCUUGAGAAUUGUUGUACUUGGACACUGUCUCAUCGGCCUAACGUUUUAUCCUAAUUUGACUUUGAUGCAGGUCAUGUUCUUCACAUUGCCGUCUCUGGUAAACACACACUAGAUCAAAUAAAAUCAAAGUUUAUUUGUCACAUGCACAGGAUACAGAAGGUGUAAAUGGUACAGUGAAAUGGUUACUUACAUAGUGGAGUCUUUUAUGUUUAGACAUGUAGCUAGCUAGCUAAACAAUUAACCAUAAUACCAACUCAUAACAUUACUACCAUGCAUGAAUCUACAGGUAGCUAAAGCUAACCAACUAGGUUCAAUGUUAGCUAGCUAGCUAACAUUAAGCUAUAAGUAGCAAUGCAAAUGGAUUUCUGAGAUACAAAUAAUAUUACUACACAGAUCAUACACGUAACAUUAGCUAGCUAACAGCAUGCUUUAACUUGCAAUGAAAACGACUUUCUGAUAAAAUUAGAAACGUAUAAUAUCUUAAAAUGUAGCUAGCUUUACUCUUACCCGUAUACAUUGAUGAACGCUUCUCCCUCUCUGUCAUGGUUGCCAUGUUGCCGUUAGUUUGAAGAUGUAAUCCGGAGACGGGUGGUUUAUACAACAGCCUUCUGACUUUUUUCGACUCCCUCGGUCAACUUCUUCCGUGACAACAACACGCUGUUUCUUCCCCAUCACUGUCAUCAGAAGACUCUACAAUGUCUGGUUCAAUGAAAAAGACGAUUUCAUCAUCGUCUGAUUCAUUUUCAGAGGCCGAGAGAGUCAGCAUGGCACAAUCGUCCUACAGAAAGUAAUCCAUCUCAAUUUUUUCCCACUGAUCUUGACUUUGUCGAUAACACCUGUAAAAUUCAGGGCAGCAAUGUUGAGAGCAGUAGCAACACUUUAGCAGUUCUUCAUAUCUUUCAAAAAAGCUGCGGUAGAAAGGAUUAUCAACAUACUGAGCAGCUCAUGUUAUAGACAGAAGUGUGCUACAUGGCAGACCAAUCCGAACUCAUCUCUCGGCAUGUCCAGCCCAUCCAUUAUCUCAGCCAGUCAUGGCUAGCGGGAAGGUUCCUGUCUUUUUCCGUGGCUAAACCAACUAGGCUUGUAAUUUAACAAUUGUAUUCGUAUUUACAGAUGGCAUACAAGUUUGUUAUUAAGACACAUGAAAGUCCACAUGUUCCAGAAGGCAUUUCUGCCCAAAAACGCAUUUUGAUAAAAUAAUAAUAAUAAUUAAAAUCCUGUGAAGUAGUGACAUGCGACAUAUGCCUAGCUUCUUGAAAUGGGUCACAAUUUACAGCACUUGUUGAGUUUUCGACCAACACAAAAUACUAUGUUGAGAAAAAUACUUGAGUAGGUUGCUUUGGUUUGGGACGCCAUUUCAAUGUUCCACAAACUAUCAUUGACUAUUCAGUACAUAAUAAAAAUAUGAAACAUCAGGUUGCUUCCUCUGUAAUGGAUGUCCUUGUGCCAGUCUUAAUGGUGCUUUCUUGGUGUCUUUAUCUGUACUUGUUCCACACAGAUGCAAUUUAUCGAUGCUCUGGACGGGGAGGACCUUCUGCUGACUGGGGAGGUCAAUUGGCGCCCCCUUGUGGAGGAGAAUGCACAGAGCAUCCUGAAGGUCCCCACCCCCACCUACAACGACGCUGGGCUCUGAGACGCCCACCCCCACCACCCUGCUCCACCUCCUCCUCUACCCAUACUCCUCUGUGUCCAGAGGCACUGUACUCUAAGCAGGGUAGCCAUGCAGGGACUCACACACCUGAUCUACACUACACACACUCUCUCCCUUCAUCCCCCCAAAACAAUCCCUGAACCGGUGUCCCAUCAACCAACCAACUGACUGGCAGGGAAUACCAUCCACCGCCAUUUUGUAUACGUUUUGAGAGUAAGAAGAUGCCCGCUUGGAAUGUUGCACUUCCUUAAAAAAAUUAUAACUAGAAAGGAUCUAUAUUUGUUUCUUUUCUGAUGCCAUAAUAUUUAUAAGCGUUAUUCAUAGCCUUUGAGCCUACUGUCGAAGUUUGUCUGCAGCGGUUCUGUCUUCCAAUGCUCUCAGAACGUUAUGGGAAACCUGUACAUGUUGCCUCGUGAAUCAUCACUGUAUAAAAUGGGGCUUUUGUCGUAACUGAAAUAAGUCUCAAAGGAAUCUUUUGUUUCUCUUUUUGUUUGUAUGAAUCCUCCUUCAAAAUAAAUCUGGAAACCAGUAAUGAA